AGCGAGGCUUGGAUCGGACUGAACAAAUCGGCAUCACUGGACAACUAUGUCUGGACAACCGGUAACCUGUUCCGUGGCUCUACAGAUGGUCUGAGGAUGGAGUGUGGCUACCUUUCAGAUGAUGACAUCAUUGACACUUAUGGCUGUUUAGAUAAACACAGCUUCAUAUGUGAAUACACCCCAAACGAUGUGGUGAGCGCGGAGGUACACAUUGCUGGUAGUCUGGAGAUGGAGGAUGUGGGUCAGCCAACAACAGAGCUAGCCUCGUCUAACGAUGCUGCCGUCUUAUCAUACAGCCUCAUGUACAUGCCAGGUCACUGGUUUACUGUGAGUGGCAAGGUUCUCUGGUUCACCUUCAGGGCUGAAUCACUGCCAGCUGACACCCUCAUCAAGUUGGUCAUCUACCGCCCCAACUGCACAACAGACAUUGAAAACAAGCCAGGUUGUGGAGGGAACCAGUUCUUUUCCUGCGACAAUAAAACCAACAGCUGCAUCGGACGACCAUCAGGCUGUUCCAGCGGCAAUAUGUGCUACUUGUUUAAUGAAUGUAUCACUCAAAGUCAAGCCUGCAGCUGCAGCGGUGCCCACUCCGGAAGCAUCACAUGUGGCAGGAACCCUAUCGUCACUGGCCGCACACCGGUCUAUACAAGUGUCGGCCACACAUCAGCACAAAUCCCCAAACUUAGCCCUCUCCUUUACAAAGUGAAGGCCAGCAUUAGAGUUCAACCUGGGGAUUUCAUUGGUGUGUUGUAUCAGGGAAAUAAACGCCCCAUCAAGUGCAUUACGGACACCGAAUCUCAGUGGAGUCAUCUCCUGUACUCAGUACCAACUGUGACGGGUGAAAAUAGUGAUAUCCCAACAUCCAUCAGUCCCGAUGAACAUCAACUGUGCAUGAUCAAUGCCUUCUACUCCAAAACAGAGACAGUCCCACUCCCAUCCCAACUGGCUUCGCUACCUGAGAUUGGUUUGUACACCUUCCAGUACAAGGUACAGAGCAGUGGCACUAUUCAGACAUGCAAUGUGACAGCAGUAGAAGAGGUCGGCCAGAUUGUGUGGGUGAAUCCACGUCUUGUCUCCGGUAACAUACAAGUCGAGCUCAAUGACAUUGCCACUCUGGUUGCCAAAGUUACCAGUGGGUCCCAUCUGAUAUAUGAAUGGACAAUUGGGGGCGUGAAUGUCACCAAUAAUAUGACCCUGACUGAAACCUGCCCUCCUAGUGUGGACAACUCAUCGGUGAAGUGUUUAACCAACGAUACGUCCCUUGUGAAACCAUUCACUUUCAUACAGCACACAUUUACUGCUCCAGCAGAACUAAGACUGAAGGUAUCAAACAAAGUGAGUACUGUGGAGAAGACAUAUUCCGUCUCCCUUGGUCCAUGUAUGCCGAUACAGGGACUUCAGCUUUGUCACGAGAGCUGCCAGACACCAAGUGGAUGCGCCGAUCCAUGUCAGCCGUUCAUUAAGCCUGACGUCCCCACGUUCUUCCAGGUGAUGUACACACAGGGCAGCUCAGACAGCACCUACACCUUCCUAGUGAAUGGCACAGAGGAGUCCGGGACUCGUAACAGCAACCGGUCGCUAACAUUUAAAUCUACUGGAUUCCAUAGGGUUACUGUCAACAUGACAUGCGGCACCCAUUCCGACACUGCAGGACUUGGUGUCCAUGUCAAACAGGCUGCCAACGUUACAGAUCUGAAAGUUUUGGUGCCAGCAGGAGUAGUUAUUAAUGAAAGUUUUGUACUGAGAGUAACAAGUCAUGUAAAUAACAACACCGACAUUGAGAUCAUUGUUGAUUUUGGUGAUGGCAAGGAGAAGAAACAUGUAAACCUUGUUACUUCUGGCAAUAAGCUGAAUGAAGCCAUCGAGUACACAUACCCCAAAGAAAAACACUACACAGUACGUGUCGUUGUUCAGGAUGUGUACAAGAAUGUUUCCAAUUCUGCUUCGCUAUAUGCCUUAGCAGCAGUGUCGGCAACGGCAAGGGCCGUACCACAAUAUGCCAGGGUGGGACAGGAAAUAGACUUCAAGGUAUCGGCUGUACCAAUCAGCGGAGACAGUGUCAUGCUCGACAGCAAAAUGUAUUACAACUGGAGCUUUCCUGGAGACGAGGUCCGUAUUGAGUCCGAGGUGCUCAACAGCUUAUAUAAACAUAAGAUCCAUGUGCCAGGUACUUACAACAUCAGUGUUAGUGCUAGCAACUUAGCCAGUUCAUUUUACACUUACGUCAUGGCCUACAUUCAACAGUGUGUCACUGGUCUCAAGUUUCAGUACAAUGGGCCAGUUCACAUCAACAACACUGUCAACUUUACAGCAUCGAUAGCGGAAGGCACAGACGUUCGCUACAGCAUGGAUCCAGACAAUGGCUCGGGAAGAAUAAACCAAACCAAUUCAACAUUUCUUAUCAACUUCAGCAGACCGGGGAUUUACAACACCUCUGUGAUAGCAUAUAAUGAUCUCACCAGCUGUGACUUGUCAAGGGAGGAACUUACAGCAUAUGUUAUUGAUGAUGAAACAUUAUUCCUGCUGGACAUCCUGCCAAACAGAUGCUUGCCUUCAAGACCUGAUGUUCUUGCUGCAGUAGCAAUCAACAUCAACCCAGCAGGACUAAACUAUACAUGGCGCUUCGGUAAUGGUACGGAAGUAAAUGGCAAAGGUUUGCUCAAUGUCACCAUUCUCUAUGAGGAAAAUGGCUCCUAUGAAGUAUCAAUUUCUUCAAAGGGAGAAAAGUUUGUGAGGAAUUUGUGUAUACAGGAAGAGAUUACGAACCUGACCAUAGCUCCUCAAGCAACUAUAGGCGUAACACCCGGGGAGACGACUAUGGACAAUAUCACCACAUCAGUCAGCACAGGAUCUGAUAUAAGUUACGUGUGGACUGUUAACACAGAUCAAACAGCAAUGUGUAAUCAGUGGUCGUGUGUCGUGGAGCUACAACAUGCAGGGUCAUAUCAUAUCAAAGUCAAUGCAUCCAACCAUGUGAGUUCUGACACAGCUAACAUAGUACUGCAAGCCCAGUUCAGAGUCAUCAACCUAACACUGACUUGCUCAUCUUGUCGGAUGGUGAAAUACCAAAGUACAUCCAAAGACGUUACCAUGAGUGCUAUUGCUGCCAAUGCAACUGCUGUAUCAUACAAUUAUAGUUAUGGAGGAGACUGGACCACUGAUUCCUCCCACAGAUUCCAUAAUGUCAGUACUUAUAACGUCUGUGUCAAUGCUUCCAAUCUGGUCAGUGAUAAAACAGCGUGCAUGGAUAUUGUUACUCAGGAUGAAAUUAAAUCUUUGACUCUGGCCUGGAAUACAUCCACCGAGGAAAGUGACUUUGAGGUGGAGGUUGGUACACAUGUACAGUUCACAGCUAAUUACACCAAAGGCACCAACGUGACCUUCACAUGGUCUUGUGGUGAUGGUCAUAAUAUCGUGACGAACGAAGGGCCAGUGUUUGUCUGCCAUUUUCAACAGUCAAAGAAACAUUCAUUCUCUGUCACAGCAGUGAAUGAAGUGUCAAGCAAAAGUAAAUCUAUGAACAUUUAUGUCCUUCAGGAAAUUACUAGUCUGAACAUCUCACAAAACUUGUUUCAAGGACGAUAUGCUGCCACAAAUGAAGGUGUCAACUUCACAGCACAGAGCAACACUGACUUGAAUGUGGCGUACCACUGGAUGGUGAAGUCGUCAACCGAUACGUGUGAAGCUGCUGGGAAAUCAAUGGCAGGGCACUGCAAUGACAAACACUUCACUGAAGCUGGACUCUACAAUAUCAGUCUGUAUGCCAACAACUCACUCAAUUAUUUAGCAACCUAUACUGAAAUUGAAGUGAUGGAAAGAAUAAAAGGUCUGCAAAUCAGAUUUGAUUCAAACGCUAUAAGCGUGAACACAAGCACUGUUUUCACUGCUGAGGUGACAGAGGGUGAAAAUCUUGUGUACCACUGGACGGUCAAAAUUGGAUCCUCAGCUGAAUUACAAGGCAGCAUGACAGGCACAAUGACUCACCUCUUUGAUGCAGUUGGGCAGUAUGAAGUCAGCGUCAAUGCCACUUCUAAACUGGAGCCUGAGGGUAGAAACAGUGGAAGCAUAAUCUACGUUGAAGAGAUGGUUACUGAUAUUCAAAUCCAGAGUGCUACACAAUAUGUAGCUCGUGGUUCAGAGGCUGUGUUUGAUAUUACCCGAAAGUCUGGAAGCAGCCUAAGCUUGACCUGGAACCUCAGUGGUCCGAGAACAACUGUUGUCAACAAUGAGGUCAGCCUGACUCACAAGUUUGUCCAUACAGGAGAGUAUGCUCUGUCAGUCAAUGCAUCCAACCGCCUCAACAGUGACACAGACACGAUGGCGAUCUAUGUAGAGGAGAAAGUGUUAUCUGUCAGUAUCACCGUCAACAAAAGUGUCAUCAAGACUGCCACAGCCAUCUGGUUCAAUGCCGGUACAACUCCAGCAGGAAUCUAUAGGUACAAUUGGACCAUCAAUGAAGAACAGUGCCACACAGAUGCAGAUACGUUUGACAAAUUUUUCAACAGUUCGGGUAUUUAUGUUGUAAAGGUUUAUGUGUACAACAAUGUAAGCUUUGCUGUGGAUUCUAAGGAGAUAACUGUUCAAGACCCAAUCUCAGGACUCAGAUUUGAUACAUGCGAAUCCAAGGUGACAGGUGAAGAAACAACAAUCACAGCGUUGAUGACCCAUGGAACAGAUGUUACAUAUUCCUGGGUCCAUUCAUCACCCGAUGGAAGUACAUCAACUGCAAAAGGUGAAGACCUAACUCUAGACUUUGAACAUGAGGGAUACUAUCAUAUCGAGUUGUUUGCUGAAAAUAAUGUCAGCUCAAAACAAAUAAACUGUACAGUCAAAUCCCAAGGAAAAGUCAACAUCACAGACCUGGUGGUGAAAUCAGACAGCAAGUAUAAUUUUGUGAACCAGACCAUUUACUUUGAGGUAAAGGGUGCUAACCUUCUUGAUGUAAAUAAUUGGGUGUUCAAUGACAGUUAUGUGAAUAAAACUGUGGACAAGAAGCUCCAGAGGACGUUUCCAUCAUCGGGACUAUAUGUUCUUACUGUCACUGUCAACAAUGAUGUCAGCCACGAUGAAAAGACAAAGCAGUUCUACAUCCAUGUCUUGGACUGUGAGCUGCCCAAAGUAGCAUUCAUCAGUACACUGCCGGACAAGAUCCUUCGGUCGCAAAGCCUGGACCUGGCUGUGGCCAUAAACUCCAGUAACUGUACAGAGUACCAGUCUAAACAUGAGUGGCAGGUGUUCAGGGCUUCCAGCUGCUCUCAACUUACUGAAAAGAUUGAACUUGGCAGCACAAACAGUCCCACUCUCCAUGUACAAGCCAAUACAUUGCCUGUGGGAUCUUACUGUGUAGUGUUCAAUACCUCAUAUCUGGACACAUUUGUGUAUGAGACUGUGAAUGUGAACUUUACGGUAGUGUCAUCUGAACUGAUUGCUGUGAUUGCUGGAGGAAGUGUCCGUGUGGUGUCGCAGGAUACAGACUUGAACAUCAGCUGCCUGGACUCCCUGGACCCUGACAUGGAUGCAACAGCACUCAGUUGUAACUGGACCUGCAACAGUAAUACAUCAGAACCAUGCCCCUUUAACCCAAGAGAGGACUCCAACUUUCUGACCAGCUUUUCUUCUGGAGAAUACACUCUGGAACUGACAGUGACAGAUGCUACAUCUGGGAGAUCAGCAAAUACAUCACAGAUGAUCACUGUUGUCCCGGAGACAGUGCCUUCCUUGACCAUCAAGUGUCUCAGUUGUUCCCAGACUGGUUCCAUCAAUGCCAAUCAACAGGUGGUACUCUCCUCACAGUGUUCAAACUGCAAGACAGACACCAACUUCACCUGGACUCUUGAGGUGGAUGGAGAAACUCAUCCUCUGAAUGACUCACUCAUAUUGACGUCACUCCAUGGGCCCAACCUUGUGAUCAAACAAGGAGUAAUUCCAGUGGGAUCUAAUCACACGGCUAAUGUCAGCAAAGCCUUUCCAUUAAUCAGUAAGGCAGGAUCCAGCAGUUUGAAGCUCCAUGUAAACCAGGCUCCAUCUGGAGGGAGCUGCACAGUCACGCCAACAACUGUCCAGACCCUUCAGAAGGUGAAGGUCAGUUGUUCAGGCUGGUCAGACAAUGACAACACAGCCCAGCUCUUCUACAAGGUGAUAGCCACUGGGACCAGCAGCACAGGCACAGCGGAGUCAUUUCAGGUGUACUAUGGCAUCAACAGGGAGCCGACCUUUCACCUGGCCUCCUUUCCAGGGUCAGACAAGGUGACCUUGGAGGUGCAGGUCAUGGACAAUGCUGGGGCUUAUGCAUCAACAUCAGCAGGCAUUCUCACUGUGAAGACCCCGGCCAAUAUGACCGACUACAUAUUCAAGCAGGCUCAGUCUAUGCUGCCAGCCCUGAUCAAACAGAACAAGCCAUCACUACUUCUGCCUUACGUCAUAGCCCUGAGUCAGGAGCUCAACCAUGAGUCAGAUGUUAUGCCCAGCCUCUUGUCCAAGGAGAAGAGGGCCACCAUCCGGGACGCCAUCACCAUGACAUUAAUUGCAAUCCCCGUCACCAUCCUGGAGGACGUGCAGCAGGUAGCCUACCUGCUCCAGCUGCUGACGAAAUACUUUGAUGAAUACCAGACAGAAUCUUGUCACCUUGUGAUUGUUGAAUCUCUGAAGAACAUUACAAAUGUACUACAAGCCAACGCCUUCCAGGGACGUAACCAGGAGGACUUUGUGCCACAUCAUCUCCUCGCAACCAUCUCCAACCUGAUCGAGGCUGUGAAUCUCGGCGUGUACAACCCUGAUGCUGUGUCUGGAUGGGAGACGUAUCCAGUCCAGGACUUCUACAGAAAUUUCAUUGACCUGCGACCUGAGAUCAGCUCCACCUUGGAACAAGUCAUGUCUUCCCACAGUCCAACCUUCACGGCCACAGAUGUCAAACAUAGGAGAACUGUCAUCCCAAGUGCCUUUGAAAUCGCAGAACAGAUCAUGACCACCAUUCUCAUGACAACGAUGUGGAAGCAGCAUUCAAUGAAGAUCAACCUUGGUGGUAUCGAGGUUCAUGGCCAGAGAUCAAAGGUCAAGGAAAUUUGGUCCACGCUUGAGCUAGAAGGAUGUGAAUUUCAUCUACCAGCAAAUCUGUUUAAUGGAAUCAUUGGAGAAGAAGAAGAAAUCUUCCAGAUUAUGUUUGUGUUGUCAAAGAACCCCUUCACAUGGGGUUACAUCAACAACAUGACAGUCAACUCAAGAGUUCCCUCCCUUAGCUUCAAGUUCAACAAUGGAAAACCCAUCCCACUGCAAGGACUACCAGAAUCCAAAUACAUUAAUAUGGUCAUGUAUGAAAACAUUGUCCAGAGCAACAAGACACAGUCAGCUGAAAACAGCAGUCUGUCCGACAGCAUCCAUUACAAACCAUUAGCUAACCUUGACUACACCAAAGACACUGUCAAACGCUCCAAAGCUAAACGUGUCAACUUUGACGUCUCCACUGGAGCUGACGGAGCCUCAGGGCUCCACAUCCAGGUGAGGAUGGAAGUUGUGGCCAAUGCCACUGAGGAGGAGGAAGGGGUGGUGCCCCAGGGGUCUCUGAAGGUGUAUCUGGGGGACAACUACCUCCCAACCCAGAGCACAUAUACUGACUACAAGCUGAUCUCUACAUCAGAUAUGGCUGACAAGGUUGAUCAUCGCAAAUACACAUUCUUCAUAACAUCAGAUUCCUUCAAGAGGAACAGCCACUACACCCUCAGUGUGUACAACGAUGAUGCCUAUCACGACAUCAACAUCUCCAUUGCCAUCUACCUAUCCAGCUGCCAGUUUUUCAACACGGAGGACAUUGACUGGGACAACAGUGGCUGCCAGGCGAUGGAUGAAUCAAUCACCACCCGUACUUCAUGCCGAUGCAACCACCUGACAUCGUUCGGCAGUAGUAUGCUUGUCCCACCUGGCGCUAUAAACAUCGUAGACUUGGUGAAUUUAGACCUGUCAACAAAUCCAGUAGUGAUGAUUGCUGUCAGUAUCAUCCUGUUUGUCUAUAUCAUCGUCGUAUUAAUCUGCCGAAAGUUGGAUCGAAUGGAUUUGCAGCGAGUGACCAGAAUCCCCCUGUGUGGCAAGAUGGGUCGCUAUAAAUAUGAGGUCACUGUGGUAACUGGACGCAAGAUGGGAGCAGGCACAACUGCACACAUCGGCAUUAAGCUGUAUGGUGAAGAUGGGAAAGGGGAGAUGAGACAUCUGACCAAACUGGCUGCCUUCCAGCGCAACUGUACCGACAAGUUUCUCAUAGCCUAUGACACCAGGCUGGGUGAUCUGAAGAAAAUCCUCAUCUGGCAUGACAAUACAGGGUUGUCCCCCUCCUGGUACCUCAGCCAUGUUGUCGUCAGGGACCUCAGUGAUGGCACUCUUGGUCACGGCAGGACAUAUUACUUUGUGGCAAACGCAUGGCUAUCAGUUGAGAUGGAACCAGGACUUCUCAAGAAGGAGAUUCCAGCAGCCAAUGAGCUGGCAAUUCAAACAUUCUCCAAUACCUUCAAAAUGGCGGCUUCACACGGUUUUGCUGACAGACAUCUAUGGAUGUCUGUGAUGGAUCGCUACGACCAUAGUCGCUUCACCCGCGUCCAGCGCGCUUCCUGCUGUGUGACUGUCAUCUUGUUCUUCAUGAUGGUCAAUGCUAUCUGGUAUGGGAUCAUCAAGACAACCAGUGAUGCCAAAGCAGACUAUUCCUUCUCAUGGGAAGAAGUGGUCAUUGGCCUUGUGUCCAAUGUCGUAGUGCUCCCAGUAGCCAUACUGUUGGUGUUCCUGUUUAAAUCAAGCAGAUCAAAAAAAAUCUCACUGAUGGACAUUGAGGAUACUGAGAUUGAGAUCCCAGAUGAGGAAGAGAUGGACUUCAAUGACUUUGACUCCUACUACUGCGGAGAAAGCACAACUGGACCAAUACCGACUACCAGCUUGAAGCGGACACAGACUGAAUUCAACAUGCAUGUGGCGCUCAGCGAGGAGGGGAGCAUUCUGAGUGGGCAUGAGCCUAGCAAGCCGCCCGGCACCGGGAAGUCCAACAUGUCCAUCUCACGGAUGUGGGAUCCCCUCAAUAUCCUCAACUGGGCAGAUGAAAAGACUCCAUCGUGGAAGGAGGACCGGGCAUCAACAGCAGGGACAACACGGGGAGAAGUCAAGAAGACAGCUACCUCAACUUCUGCAUCUACAUCUACAAGUAGGGGAAAACCAAAGUCAGCCAAGUCAGCGGCCCAGGACAGUGACGAGGAGUGGGACAAGAAGCUGGACCAGCUGCACCAGGAUCUCACUCAGGAGGAGGAACAGAAGAAGAAGAAGAGGGCUAAGAUGGCCACUGCAAAGAAAGGCAACGGCGACAACAAACGAGGGGGGGGAGACGACCUGUUCUGCUCCGAUGAAGAGUGGGCUACGGAGGGUCUGGAGGAUGCAAAGGGAGGGAAGUCAGCCGGGAAGAAAACCUUCACGAAGACCCCAGCCCGCGCUGCAGGGGCCACUGCACAGCCUAGGUUCAACCCCAGAGAAGAUCCCAAACUCAGGAGGGCAAGGAAAACAUCCUUCAAUCUGGACGACAUAUCCACAGACGACGAGGGAGGGAAGGAGACUAAGGCCACCAAGCAAAAUGUUCAGGUCAAGGGUCAACCACUGGCGUCUGGGAAACAGACCAACACGAAAGAUGAUCCAAAGAAGGAACUCCCUGAAAGGAAGGCCAGCACCACAUCCAGUAUCCUCAAGAAGCGAGACUCGUAUGGCCGAGCAUACAGCGCUGGAAGCAGCUUGAAGGAGAUCUCGUUUAUGAAGCAGCCUAGCAUCAUGUCGGAGAAGUCCAAAAGCAACAUGUCUGCCAUCUGGAAGAGGAACUACUACUCCUCCACCAACCACACCAUGGAGUCAGAAGCUACGUGUAUGCUGCCAUCGUGGUGCGUGUAUGUGGCAUACGUCCUCAGUCUCCUCAUCAGCUCUGUCUCCAUCAUCAUCGUCCUGCUGUAUGGCAACCAGUUUGGGUCGGAGGUGUCACUCAAGUGGCUGUUGUCUCUCUUCCUUGCAUUCUGUUGCUCGGCCCUCGUCAUCGAGCCAACCAAGGUGUUGCUGGUGGCGCUGUAUCUGGCAGCACGCAGCCGAGACGUCCAGGAGGAGAUCGAGAAGGAGUCCAUCACAAUACCUCCAGUAGUUGACAAUCUCUUCGAAACAUUCAAGGAUGUCAAGUUCCGUCCCCUGGGUGGGUUCGCCCUGAUGCACGCCAAGGAGGAGGGCGUGAAGAUCCAGCGCAUGCACGUGAUACUGCGGCAGUUCAUCUCCCACAUGCUCCUGCUGUCACUGCUGCUGGCUAUCUGCUUCGUCUACAAUGGCACCACCAACUGCAUGUUGUCACAGCAUGUACAACAUCUCCUGCAGCAGGAUGGAGCUGCAGGACUCAACCUCAGUCACGUCAGGAGCAUCCCAGACUUCAGGACGUGGACUGAGACAGUGCUGGCCGACACUCUGCACCAUCGAGAACUGAAUCCCCAGGAGCAGUUUGGGAUCCUGCUGGGGCCAGCGCGACUCCGUCAGAUCAGGAGCACACUUGAUGAUUGUCCUAUUAGCUCUCCCCUUGCCAAGUUCCACUUGCCAGCACUGACAGCAUUACCAUGUGAGGGAAACCUCUGCUUCACCGAGGAUACUGCCACGUACGGCGAAGCCUGGAGCAACAACAUGGGCAACAACGUUACCUGGAGAUACUUCACAGCGCCAGAGCUUCACAUGCGUGAAAAAUAUGGCCAUGACCUCCACUACUCCGGUGGAGGCUACGUGAUGACUCUCGGUAACACCUACAACGAGACACUCAGCAUCCUCAGUGAUGUAUUUGAUAAGGACUGGAUCAAUCUGCGGACAAGGGCUGUGUUCAUCGAGUUCUCUCUAUACAGUGCUGCCGCCGACCUCACAACUACAGUCACAGUCCUCCUGGAGUUUCCCUUGACAGGAGGCGCCCUCUCUAGUCAGUAUGUAUCAACCAUCAAACUCCUACGCUUCAUCCCCGGCAGAGUCGAUCCCCUCAUGGUCAGUGAGGUUCUGUUCCUGCUCUGCGCCAUCUACCUGUUUGUCCAUCUUGGGUUCACAAUACGAGAAGAACGAGCCCAGUUUGUGAAGCAGUUCUGGAACUGGUUAGAUCUAGUCAUCGUGGUGUUGACAGUUGUGUGUAUUGGCCUCUACAUGGCUUGUGUUGUCACGGCAACAGACACAUUUGGUUACUACACUGCUCACAAGAAUGAUUUCACAAACUUUGAGAUGCCCGCACACUUGCAUGAUGUUAUGCGUAUGCUGCAUGCAUGGCUGUUGUUCCUAAUAUUCCUGAAGGUCGUGCGACAGUUACGCUUCUUCCCUAUGUUCCAUGCAUAUGGGAAGACAAUCUCGAAUGCGCUGGGGAAGCUGGCCGGCUGUACAUUAAUAUUCCUGCUGGGUCUGAUGUCCUCCGCCCAACUGGGAUACCUGUAUUUUGGAAUGACCACCAGGGGCUUCGCAAGCUUUCAGUCAGCCCUACUUUCCCUGAUGGGAGUCAUACGUGGGUCGUUUGAUUUCCUGCAUUUCCUCCACCACUGGCCCGUCAUGACCCACUUCUACUUCUACUCCUUCUACGCCUUCGCCUACGGGCUGUUCAUCGGACUGGUGAUUGCCGUGAUGCUGGACACGUACAAGAUCACCCACCAGUCCUUGUUCUUCAAGUCUACCCUGGACACACAGGACCAUGAGAUGAUCGAGUUCAUGAUGAAGAGGUUCAAGCUGUGGGCAGGCAUCACUAAACAGAAACCUGCAUUCCGAUCAGUCCGGUUCAAGGGGCAUCCGUCCCUGCCGAGUCGAGCCAGUAGCACGUCCCGGCGUUCCAGCAUCUCCUCAUCUCUCAGCAGCGGCAGUGAUCCAGUACUGUCAGAGGAACAAGCCCUGUACCUGGAACACCAGCUGGACAAUGCUGUACCUCGCUGGGAGCAUCUGCUCAACCGCUUCGACAGGAUUGAAAAGCUUGAGGUAGAAGAAGAUCAUCAAAUGAGGAAGAUUGAAAAAGAACUCAAAGGUUGGGAAACAAAGCAAAAUAGCCCUCAACGAAAGCCACCAGUCAAAAAAAAGAGCACCUUUGAGAAAUUCCAGCACAACUUCAAGGGCAAGAGUCAGUUUGCAGGGAAAGACAAACAUCUCGCUGGUCGAACUUCCGUUACACCUCCAACAAUAUCUCCAAGGAAACCAGUGACCGAGACACAUGAAGUACGUCCUCAUAGCUAUGAAGGGGAACGUUCAGAAGCUGUGGCGAUGAAAAAUAUGCAGGAGAAAAAACGUGACACAACCAAAAAUGUGAGAUUUUCAAAACCUGCAUGGUGAAAACAGGUGAUAACCUAAGACUAUAUCAAGAUGACACAACUGUGUUGAAAUGAGUAUUACUUGCUGUGCAUCAUGCAUACCUGACACGGAGUGGACUCUACAUAGUACCUCAAUCACACCAAAGGUCUGUAACCAUUUGUACAUAGUGUUCCUAAAAUGAUGACUGUAAGCAAUGUGCCACUACUGACAAAACCAAAUGCCAAAACCUUCCACCGCCUCCAACAGUCCACAGGCCAGGUCUAACAGUUUCUGUGAUGUUCUGCUCAACACCAGGUCCACAAGUCUUUAGUGUUGUUCAGUGGAGUUCUGUAUAAGGCCACAAGUCUCCUGUGAUUUUCCAAGGAAUGUCUACAGAUCAACAAGACUUCUAAGAUGUUCCUGGGAAUGUUCACAGUUUCACAAGUCUUAAGUGAUGUUCCUAGGAAUGUCUACAGAUUAGCAAGUCUUCUGAGAUGUUCCUGGGAAUGUCUGCAGAUUAACAAGUCUUCUGAGAAGUUCCUGGGAAUGUCUGCAGAUUAACAAGUCUUCUGAGAUGUUCCAAGCAAUGCCUAUAAUCCACAAGUCUUAAGUGCUGUUCCUUGGAAUGUCUGCAGAUUCACAAGUCUUCUGAGAUGUUCCCACAAAUAUCUACAGAUCCAUAUGUCUUCUGUGAUGCUCAUCUAUAAACUGCUGAUAAUGGUGUCUCGACAUCUGUUCUUGAAGACUGAACUAACUGAGAUGCCUCACUGCUGCCUUCGUGUUGCCCUGUGAUUCCCUGGCUAGAGGUGUAUCUAGCCACACAGCUGGGGUGGGCUCAUGUCAACCCUUCAUAAUGUUAUCCGUCCAUGUGCGAGGUCAGUUGUUGAAGGUUCAGCCAAUCAGAAACUGUGAUAAAGACACAAUCUAUCCCAGGGUUCCAAGUGCUACUGAAUGAUCAAUCUUGGAUUUGAAUUGCGUGUAUGUUGUAUAUGUGUAGAUAUUAGCAACACCAUGUGCCAAAUCAGUGAUGACUACAACAGUAACUGGUCAUGUGAAUGUCUUCAGUGUCUAGUUGUACACAUUUUGUUUUGAAUGUUAAUAUUGAAUUAUGGAACAACAAAUUUUCUUUUCUUGUACAUGUGCCUUUACAUUUUUAUACCAAUGGUUGCCAAAUUCCUCCGUCCCAUUUUAGCCGAUAUCAAAUGUUCUUUGUACAUUGUGGAAUGGUGUUAUCAACUUGUUGGUUUUGCAAGUACCAUUAUGUCAUAGUGUUGUGUAUUUAUUUCCUCAAGUUAUUAAGUUAUUUCAUACGAGACAUUGUAUAACAUAAAACAAUCUUAAUCAAGUUAUGCAUUUUUGUUAAGGCCAGACCAAUAUAUUUUCUGAUUUUUUAUAUGAAGAUUCCCUGUAUAAUGCAGAUAUUAUGAUUAAAAUGUAAGAUUGUUGAAAGGAACUAUUUAAUUUUAAUAUAUUUUUUGUGAUCAUAUUGAUUUAAUAGUCAUUUCAGAUCAGUUCUGAUAUGUAUUUUUGUAUUUUCUGCCUCUGCCUUAGGAUGCUGCCUCUGAGGAUGUUUUUCACCCCAAAACUAGAACUGAAUUGGUCUGGCAUAAUUAUUAAUGGUAGGGAUUGAGAGAAUGACAGUCAGUAGUAUAUGAUCUAUCUAAUUACCAAUGAAAAUUAAUCUGAAACACUAAUUAGUAUUUAUUUAUCCAGUGAGUGUGUUGAUAUCACGGUUUUAUGAAACUGUUGUGUGAAGAAAUUCCUAAUUUGUCAAUGUGCUGACAUUUGCAGUUUACAACAUGAAAUCAUUUGAAAUACUUUCCUCAUGUUAUGGAUUAAUGACUAAUGAUAUGAAUGACAUUUAUCCAUGCAUUUAAAUGUCUUCUGUUUCUUAUAAACAUUGUUUUAAAUAUUAAAGAGUCUCUAUAAA